GACGACCAUCACAAACGUCAUGUUGGUGGUCAUGUUUAAGGGGGGUUAUCGCGUUUUCACAAUCAGAUGUGAUUCAUUUAAUUUAAAAUAAUAACUUCAACAAUUAAUGCUGACAAGCAGAUGACAAAGUAUUUAGUAAAAUGCGUUGCAAACAAUGUGGCUCGUCAUUUCGCCUUUCGAUAUGGAUAAUGCAGUGUGGGGAAUGCAAGGAACAAUAUUGUACCAAAUGCAUGAAACGGAUGAAUGGGAUCUGUUAUUGCGAGAAAUGCACUAUUUUAAUCACCCGACCGCCUGACAUAAACAAACUGAUGAAACUGAAAUCCAAAGAUUUACAAGAAUAUUUGAAUCGUCACAAUGUGACUACUUUUGGUCUAGUUGAAAAACGUGAAUUGGUAGAUUUAUUGUGUAACAGGACAAUUCCAGUCAAGAAUACCAAAAGUUCCACAGUUUUAAACAAGAUUUUCAGUAAUUUUGAGUCAGUUUUGAGUUUGCCAGACAGAAUAAAUGGCCAAGAAAGCAGGAGGUCCCCUCCUGAACGUCCAGUAUUUGCAGCAAGCAGCUCAGGGAAUCUCUUUACUGAUCCAAGAUUUAGUCAGAGUCAGAAUUCAAACACUUUACCGAAAGAACGGCGGGCGCCCCCUCCACGGCCGCCUCAGCCGUCACUAAGUCCUGACCCACCUCAACCAACAACAUCGACGGCCGAAUCAAGUCCUAUUUUACGAAAAAUUCCGAAAUUGGCUGAUUAUGUCACUGUUGAGGAAUUAGGAAAUCUCUCAGCAAAGGAAUUGAAGACUUUGUUGGCUUACAAUAGGGUUGAUUAUAAGGGAUGCGUUGAGAAAAGCGAAUUGUUGGAAAAGGCUGAGCGUUUGUGGCAAGACAAUAUGAAACAUAAACAGGAAUUGCCAGAAAAUGUUGAAGAUUUGUGCAAGUUGUGUAUGGAUGCGCCACUGGACUGUGUUCUUUUGGAAUGCGGACAUAUCGCCACUUGUAUCAAUUGUGGCAAGAAAUUGGCAGAAUGUCCGAUUUGCAGACAGUAUGUUUCUAGAGUAGUGAGAACAUUCAAAGCUUAGUUAAGAUAAAAAGUGGUGAUGAAAUUGUGACAAAAUUCAAAUUUAGUUGUUAGGUGGAUUAAAGUUUAUUACGUGUUAUGUCUCUAAUGUUUAAAGUCGUUUCAUGUUUCUACAGUCCUUUUAAUUCAAAAAUAUAGUCUUUAUACAA